AUGGUCGGGCCACUCAAGAAGGCACCAAGAGGGUUCACCCAUUUACUUGUCGCAAUCGAUAAGUUCACAAAAUGGAUAGAGGCAAAACUGAUAACCACGAUCGACUCCAAGGAGGCCGUCAAGUUCUUCCUGGACAUCGUCUACAUAUUCGGGGUGCCCAACUCCAUCAUCACCGAUAAUGGGACCAAUUUCACAGGUCACUACUUUCAAGAAUUCACGGAAGGAUACAUGAUCCGGAUCGACUGGGCAUCGGUCGGACACCCGCGCACGAACGGGCAAGUAGAAAGAGCUAACGGCUUAAUCCUCCAAGGGCUCAAACCGUGCAUUUUUUACAUGCUCAAAAAGUUCGCGGGUCGUUGGGUGGAAGAGCUGCCGGCAGUGCUCUGGAGCUUGCGAACCACACCUAACCGAUCCACAGAGCUGACACCUUUCUUCCUAACGUAUGGCUCCGAGGCCGUGCUGUCUUCCGAUCUGGACUAUGGCGCGCCUAGAGUCAAAGCCUUUGACCAGGCGACGGCAGCUGAAGCCCAGAGGGACGCCAUGGAAGUCUUGGAAGAAGCAAGGCUAGCUACACUCCACCGAUCGGCUCGCUACCAACAAACUUUACGUAGGUACCACGAGAGGCGCAUAUGGGAGAGGACGCUGUAG